AAUACAGAAAAAGAAAGAAAUUUUAUAACGACUGUGAAAUAAAAUUUGACAUAAGAUUUAGUGGCACGUGUGUUUUAUGACGUGAAUGUUUGGCAUUUUACUUCUUUCCAAAAUAUCAUCUUUUUUGUAAUAAAACAAAAAUGUUGAUUUCGGAGGAUCAAAUACAAGAGCUUUACGAGAUCAACGAUGAUCCGAAGCGGAAAGAAUUUCUGGAUGAUUUGUUUUCGUUUAUGCAAAAGAGAGGCACACCCAUCAAUCGUUUACCAAUAAUGGCGAAAUCCGUUUUAGAUUUAUAUGAAUUAUAUAAUUUGGUCAUAGCACGUGGCGGUCUAGUUGAUGUUAUCAAUAAGAAAUUAUGGCAGGAAAUCAUAAAAGGACUACAUUUACCAUCGAGCAUAACGAGCGCUGCAUUCACGCUGAGAACACAGUAUAUGAAAUAUCUCUAUCCCUACGAAUGCGAUAAGAAAAAUUUGAGUACACCCUCCGAACUACAGGCCGCCAUCGACGGUAAUCGCCGCGAAGGCCGCCGCUCCAGCUAUGGCCAAUACGAGGCAAUGCAUAGUCAAAUGCAAAUGCCACAAAUCGGCCGUCAAUCGCUGCCGCAAGGCAUUCAACAAAUGUCACCGUUGGCGCUUGUCACACACGCCGCCAACAAUCAGCAGGCGCAAGCAGCGGCCGCCGCUGCUGCCGCACACCAUAGACUGAUGGCGCCCACCUUCGGCCAAAUGCCGAAUUUGGUGACGCACGAGUUCGAACAGCGUAUGAUGGAAUACCUAAAACUUAUACAGGUGAAGAAGGAGCAACAGAGUAGCGUUGCCGCGGUUGCAGUAGCGGCGGCGGCGGCCGCUGGCGGCAAUGCUGCCGGAGUUGGAGUAGGCGAGGCUGCUGCGGCAGCGAUGGCCGCGGGGCGUGUAGGUGCAGGUGCAGCUUCUGCCGGUGUUGGGGGUGGUGGUGGUGGCAGCGCCGGACACAUAAAGCCGCAACGCCAGCGUUCACAGAGCCCAGAGAUGAGUACACGCGAGGCGAUGAACGCGUUGGAGAUGUCACGUGUAGCCUUUUGGCAAAUGUAUCACAACAACACCAGCCCGCCAGCGUCGAUGAAUGCCUCGCCGCAGGGAAGUGCUUUAGGUGCCGCAAGCAUUGGCGGUGGUGGCGUCAGCGGCGGUGUUGCACUUGGCGUAGCGGGUCUGAGCGAACAGCACAGCGAGGCUUUGAAUCUUUCCGACUCACCGCCCAAUCUCACCAACAUAAAACGGGAACGUGAACGCGAACAAACACCGGAUGCUUGCGACCGCGACGAUUUCCAACAUCAACCACCGCCAGCGAAACGUGGCGUUGGUGGUGCGUCAGCUCUCAGCUUUCCAACCAGCUUUUAUCUACCGCCUGGCAUGGCAGCAGCAGCAGCAGCGGCAGCGGCCAAUUUUCAUCAACACAACAGCAACAAUCUGCCACAGGACUCGGAUGGUGAGGAUAACGACGAGGAUGGCAGCGAUGCACAUAACAUGACUGGCAACUCAUUGACACAUGCGGGCGGAGGCGGUGACGGUGACGGCGGCGACGGCGACGGCGACGAGAACGAUCGGUCGGCAUCAAUGAAUGGUCAUCACCACCACCACCCGCAGCAUCAUCGCCAUCAGCAUUUGCCACACAAUUUGCACCUGCCGCAUCAUCAACAUCUCGGCAACAGUUCGAGCGGUAAUCACGAUAAGUCUGAUGACUCGGCCAUUGAGAAUUCGCCUUCGACUAGUGCGGCGUCCGCAGGUGGUGGCGGUGGCGGUAGUGGUGAUGGUGGUGCUGGCAGCGGCAAUGGCAUUGUUGGCGUGAGCAGUGGGCACAUCUCUCCGAUAUCCACAAAGAAGAUACAUCUCUCUAAACAGCAUAAUAAUAAUAAUAAUAAUGGUGCCACUUCAGCGAUGGACUGCAGCGGCAGUGGUACGGGUGGGCAAUCUAGAAGCCCAGGUUUGGGUGGUGUAGAAGAUGCUCUCAACCUGCUAUCGGGCAUGCAAUUCCGCGUUAUGCGAAAUGGCACUAGCGCCAAUGGUGAACCACAAUUGGUCGUCAAUCUCGAAUUAAACGGCAUAAAAUAUUCGGGUCUAUUAAUAGCCAAUACAACCGGUAACAGUUCCAGUAACAUCUCACCCGCGGACCUAAGCCAGAAUAAAACGGAACUCUUAGACAGCAAUAAUAUAACAGAUACGACGGAGGAAGCCAAAGAUGUGAGCGGGGGUGGUAUAAGUGGCGCAGAUGCUGAUAUCGAAGAUGAAGACAUUGCCGAUGCAGCCAGUACAACGAGUACCGAAGAAACGCCGACAAAAGUGAUGAAAAGUGGAGGGGCUGCAGUUGGAGCUAAUAGCAAUGGACCCUUAAGCGAUGGUGGCGUUUUACAAGAUGCGCUUAUGACAACGUCAUAAGCAGAGGCAAAGGAGAAGGAGGGAAAAUGUGAAAAAGGAAAAAUAUUUACAGGAAACUAUUUGUAGUUAGGGUUGCUGCCGCAACAGUGAGCCAGAGGGCAACAGCAGAGUGGACAGCUACAAAACUACGAGAAGUGUAGGAAGAAAAAGUUCAAACCUUUGCUAUGAUAACUACUUAUAGAAAAUAAGCAUACCGAAAUAUGACUGGAAUAAAGAAAAUCCUAGAAUAAUAUAAAAUGAAAAUGUUCCACAGCUCACGCGGAAUUGUACAUAGAAUAAGACAACAAAUAAGGAGUAAAUAAGAUCUACUCUACCAUGUGCGACCUAGAUCGUUCUUUAGUAAAAAUUUCUUUCGAUGCUUACGGCAUUGCUUUAAUAAUAAAUAACUUUCAAAUCUCUACACUCGACGAAGUAAAUGCACCAGGCUAUUAAGGAGCAUUUCAAAUUCCGAACAAUUUCAAGGACUGAACUCAAAACACAGAAACAAUAUUAACAUCGGAGGCGACAGAAGUAAUCGUAGCUUGCAUUUCCUAAUCAAUCUCUGCGUUUAGAAACCGUUUCAAAGCUUUUUUUUUUUUUUAAUUUUUAAAGCGAACUGAAGCGAAUGGAAGGAAGCUACAGGGCAAAAAUGUCUUAUUAAGUAUUUCUGAGUGGUAGUGCUUCAAAAUUAGAAAUAUUUAUAAAAAAUGGUGGUUUAAAAAAAUUGUGAAAGCAGGAAAAAUGCACAAUACUGAAGGAUAAGAAAAAUCUUCGGAACCCAGCUCUAAAUGAAGAAUAGAAAUCGUGCAUAUUUGCAAGUAAACUAAAAAUACCAAAGCAUACAAUUGAUUUAACAUAGAAAUGUACAUACAUACAUACCUACAUACAUACCUACAUACAUAAUUUUAAUUAAAGUGUUAUUUUUCUGUAAGAAAACUACUAGAAAACUAAGCGCAGCUGCAUUUGUAAUAGCUUCACUUAAGCGAGUAUUUUAACUUUAAAUAUAUCUGCUAUUAAUUUCGGUUAUAAACUUAAAGAUUGAUAUAUAAACACACACAUAUGUAUGCAUAUGACGAAUUUGUCAACAAAAAAAAAAUAUUUGCCUAAAUUUAGUUUAUAUAUGGAAAUCCUGAAUGCUUAUAAAAACUAAUU